GAAACUCAGGUCCUGCGCAUGCGCAAAACGCAGAUAGCGCAGAGCUGCAGUUGUUGGUCAGAGAAGGAGGUGAGAUUUAUAACAGUUAAAGAUGACAACCUCUUGGAGUGAUCGGCUCCAGAAUUAUGCAGAUCUUCCAGCCAACAUGGAUGGUUUAUCCAUGAAGAAGUACAGAAGAGAGGUGCAUCACAGCUUACCACAGGAACUGGCCCACUGUCAUCCUUCUAUGAGAGUUUUUGUCAAUAGAAGUUUGGCAAUGGAGAAGAUAAAAUGCUUUGGCUUUGAUAUGGACUACACUCUAGCAGUGUAUAAGUCUCCGGAGUAUGAAUCUCUUGGCUUUGAUCUGACUGUGGAGCGACUGGUUUCCAUUGGUUACCCACAAGAGCUGCUAAACUUUGUCUAUGACCCUGCAUUUCCCACAAGAGGCUUGGUGUUUGAUACAACGUAUGGAAACCUGCUGAAAGUAGAUGCAUAUGGAAACAUCCUUGUGUGCGCUCAUGGUUUUAACUUCCUGCGUGGUCCAGAGAUACGAGAGCUGUACCCAAACAAGUUCAUUCAGCGUGGAGAUACUGAGCGAUUCUACAUCCUCAACACACUCUUCAACCUCCCAGAGACAUACCUCUUUGCCUGCCUGGUUGACUUCUUCACUAGUUGCUCCAGAUAUACAAGUUGUGAGAUGGGCUUUAAAGAUGGAGAUCUUUUCAUGUCCUUCAAGAGCAUGUUUCAGGAUGUCAGAGAUGCUGUAGAUUGGGUCCAUUUCAAGGGCUCUCUAAAGGAGAAAACGGUGGAAAACCUGGAGAAAUAUGUGGUAAAAGAUGCCAAAUUGCCAUUGCUUCUAAGCCGAAUGAAUGAAGUUUCCAAAGUGUUCCUUGUUACCAACAGUGACUACAAGUACACAGAUAAAAUCAUGACAUACUUGUUUGAUUUUCCACAUGGUCCAAAAGCAGGUACACCCCAUCAGCCCUGGCAGUCCUACUUUGACCUUAUUCUGGUGGAUGCCAGGAAGCCAGUGUUUUUUGGGGAGGGCACAGUGCUCAGACAGGUGGACACGACCACUGGGAGACUGAAGAUUGGGACAUACACUGGUCCCUUGCAACAUGGCAUAGUGUAUUCUGGUGGUUCCUCAGAUAUAGUUUGUGAUUUAUUGGGAGCAAAAGGAAAGGAAAUCCUGUACAUCGGUGACCACAUCUUUGGAGACAUCCUGAAGUCUAAGAAGCGGCAGGGCUGGAGAACGUUCCUGGUCAUUCCUGAGCUGGCUCAGGAGCUGCACGUGUGGACCGACAAGAGCACACUGUUUGAGGAACUACAGAGUCUGGACAUUUUCCUGGCAGAGCUCUACAAGCAUUUGGACAGCAGCAGCAAUGAGAGACCAGACAUCAGCUCUCUUCAGAGGAGGAUUAAGAAAGUGACCCAUGACAUGGACAUGUGCUAUGGGAUGAUGGGAAGCCUGUUCCGCAGUGGCUCUCGUCAGACUCUGUUUGCAUCUCAAGUGAUGCGUUACGCUGACCUGUACGCUGCAUCCUUCAUCAAUCUCCUGUACUAUCCCUUCAGCUACCUGUUCAGAGCCGCCCACGUCCUGAUGCCUCACGAGUCCACCGUGGAGCACGCUCACGUGGACAUUAAUGACACGGAGUCGCCCAUGGCCACACGUAACCGCCACUCCAUCGACUUCAGAGACCGCGAGUGCAAGAGACACCAGCUGACCCGUUCCAUAAGCGAGAUCAACCCUCCACACCUCUUCCCUCAGACGCCGCAGGAGAUCACGCACUGUCACGAUGAGGAUGACGAUGAGGAGGAGGAGGAGGAGGAGGAGGAAGAGGAGGAGGAAGAAUAAGCCUGUGGCAUUGCUUGGAGAUGCGUCUACGGUUUAAAUGAGUAUGAUCAUUGCAUUCACACUCAGCCAUAUAUUUUGUAUAGAUAUAAGAGAGGAUGAUUAUUUCCUGCAACUCGUAUUACAUUUAGAGUUUAAGGUCUGAUGAGAGUUUGAAGCUAAAACUGGGUUUUGAUAGUUCUAGCUUCUUAUUUUUGAAUGAGGUUUACAGAUGGCCUCACUUUAAAAUGCAUUGACAAAAAUGAAAAUGAUAACUGGGAGAACAGAUCUCUGUUUAAACUGAAUUACAGAAUCAGUUACAACUAUAUUUUUUGCAUGAUAUUGAGGGAACAUAUAACAGUUACAAGGUACGUCACUGACUUAAGAAAUAGAGAAAAUAGCAUGAAUACUCAUUUUUGGCUCCAUGAUGUAUUGUAGACUGCCUUCAAUCUUUGGAUAUAAGCCAUAUAGCAUGCUGGGAAAUGUCACACCAACGAUGCAGCUUGCUCAGUACCUGUCUGAAUGCGUGUAACAUCGCCAUCUUCGUUUCAAAAGUGAUAGUAUGCAAAUUGCUGUCAUAUUAUUGGGUGAAAAAUGGAACACAUGCAAAUGUUGCCAUUUUAUGCAGAGUGAGAUACAGGGUUUCAGGUUACUAGGAACUGAAGUGUCAUAACCGUUUGGAAGACAACACUGAAAUGUCAAAUGCACUCGCCAUGAUCACUGUGUUAUUAUUAAACCUUGAAUCUAGAGCUUAGAUUCGUUAUUUGCUUUUUUUUUUAUAUACACUGAUCUACAGUUAAUUCAACCAGAUAUAUUAAACAAAUCUUUUUGUUUGAUAUUAGUAUAACGGUUAGCUUUUGGCAGUUGGCAAUGAUUUAAGAUUGUGAGCUGGUCUGAAUGCAUGGCACAAAGCCUCGUGGGUGACAUUGGACCAAAAGGAAGCUCAUCCAUGAAUCACGCUCUCACAUUAUGAACAUUUCUAACCCAUACAGUAACAGUUCAGAUCCUGAAACUUUGUUUUUCACUAUCAUAUCAUGUCUUUUGUUAUUGUUUUAAAUCAAAAAGGGAAUUUAUGAUGGGUGCGUGUUAGUUUGGAAUACCAUACCAUGUGCACUCCUGUAUUUACAACUGUAUUGGUUUAUUUGGAACAGUAUUGUUGAAUUUGGGCUGAAUUUUGGGCCAUUUUGCCAAUGUAUAUUUGAUUUCCUAACCAAAGACUGUUAUCAGUGUCCUUAAUUUAAAUUCACAGAUGCUGUUUAAGACUAUUGGUUUGCUGACUGUAUUGUGUAAUAGUGAUAUAUUUGAGUUUGCUUUGACCUAAUCAAACACCCCUCUAUGUUUAUUUUUAGGCUUUUCUAUUCAGGUUAAAUCUGCUGUGUAGUGGGGAUGGUGUUUUUGAUUCAUCGGUACCUUUUGUUGCUUCAAAUUUCUUGAUUUGUUCGAUUUUGUUUGUGCCCAAGGCUGGUGAAUCCCUGUUUUUAAAAUAGUUUUCUAUUUUCCAUCAUGUUUUUACAGGAUUUCUUUUUUGUUUGUUUGUUUAGUUUGUCAUUCUUUACUGUAAAGCAAACUGUUAUGACAGACGGUUUGGGAGGAUUAGAUCUUACUGUUGUUUAAAUGUAGAAAUAAAUCAUAUGGCUUUCAACUCAGCUGUCAUUAAAUAUUUUAAUUUUUAUGUUUUACAUUGUUUGCUACAUACAAUUGGUUCUCAGUGUUGUGGCUUGUUGUAUAUGAAGAGAAUAAAGUUCCUGUCAUGCAGCA